UCUGACAAUUUGAAAUUCACAGAGCGUCAAGUGGAGAAAAUCGAUCCUCUUCUUAAGUGGGUAGAGUCAGAAUUUGGCUUCAAGCCAGCCGUAUAUACCUGUUUUUUUGGUGGCAAGCAAGAUGAUGGUCUUGUUAGCGCCAUUGAAAGCCUUCUCAAGAAAAUGGAUGAUUGCGAAUUAGCAACAAUUGAUGCAAUCGCUUCAGCUGCACAUUCGCUAGUCAUUGCACUUGGACUUUUCCGUGGUAGAUUGGGGAUUGAAGAGGCUAUUGAGUUAAUUAGGCUCGAGGAAGAUUUGCAGGUUGACAGUUGGGGUCUCGUUGAAGGCGGCCAUGAUGUUGAUAUUGCAGAUUUGAAAGUUCAGAUUGCUUCAGCUGUCGUGUUUCUUGAACUUACGAGGAGGCUAUAGAUAUGGUACUCAUUUUGUGAGUUUUACCUUAUUGUGUCUCUUUAGUACAUUAGCUCAGUACUAAUAGCCAUUACCUAUAAACUCAAAAAGUUGGAAGGAGGUGAAGUCAAUAUGUGAGUGAGUUGUAUCAAACUUGCUGCUUUUACAAGUCAAUAUGUGGCCUGCUGGAAAUUACCAGAUUUUAAUGAAUAAUGAGCCUACUCUGAAAUCAAGUACUCUUCUUUUAAC